GCCGGCCGGCCGGUACUCCGACUGCAGUUUUUGCCCAAGCCCGGAGCCUGGAGCGAGCAGGUCCACAUGGGAGGUGCCGAGGGUCUGAGUGAAAGCAGAGUCGGAGGCCGGGGAGUAGGGGCGAGAGAACACGGAGCUGGUGGGCUUCUGCUGUCAGGACCCAGCCCGCCUGCACCCCUGGUGGUGUCUUUCAGAAUUCAGUCUCCUGGCAUAGCCCAUCCUGAUGGCGGGGAACAAAGGAAGAGGGCGGGCUGCCUACACCUUUAACAUCGAGGCCGUGGGCUUCAGCAGAGGUGAAAAGCUGCCUGACGUGGUGCUGAAGCCACCCCCCGUGUUUCCCGAUACCGAUUAUAAGCCAGUGCCACUGAAAACAGGGGAAGGUGAAGAUUACAUGCUGGCCUUGAAACAGGAGCUGAGAGAAACAAUGAAAAGGAUGCCUUAUUUCAUUGAGCCGCCCGAAGAGAAGCAAGACAUUGAAAGGUACAGUAAAAGAUGUAUGAAGGUAUACAAAGAAGAGUGGAUACCAGAUUGGAGAAGAUUUCCAAGAGAGAUGAUGCCAAGGAAAAAAUGCAAAAAAGCGAGCCCAAAAUCCAAAAAGGAGAAGGCUACUGGCCAAGGCACUGCCCUCACUAGUACUGCAGACGUCUUGAAAAAAAUCGAGGAACUGGAGAAGAGAGGCGACGGUGAGAAAUCAGAUGAGGAAAACGAAGAGAGAGAAGGCAGCAAAGAGAAGAGUAAAGAGGGCGACGAUGAGGAUGAUGAAGAAGCUGCAGAGCAGGAGGAGUACGACGAAGAAGAGCAGGAGGAGGAAAAUGACUACAUUAACUCAUACUUCGACAACGGAGACGAUUUUGGCGUAGACAGCGACGACAACAUGGAUGAAGCAACCUACUAGCCGUGAAGUUCGUCAGAAAAUGUUCUUAGGAUGCAGCUUCUGAGCAUUCAGACUUGUUUUUUUUUUUUUUUUUCCUGAUAAGGAGUGAAAGCCUGUUUUACUUUUGUUACCUUUUGGUUGGACAGUUACUGAUACUCGUUACUAAAACAUUCAGAACCACUUUACUGUAGCAGUAGUUACCGUGUACAAAUGAGUCUGACACGCCAACAUUCCUUCUAGAUACCUCUGCCAUUCCUCAUAGGUUUUCUCGUGGAUAGACUUUUGUUAAUGCCUAAUGAGUUUUUGCAUCUCUUAAUCGAUGCAUCCAUACUUGAACAAACCGUUCUUGUUUAACUGCUGAUCUUUUGUACAAAUAUGAUUUGUCAUAAUGGAUUUCUAUAAUCUGCAAAUUGAUUUAAUACAGCACAUAGAGCACUUUAAAAAAAACAACAGAAACUUGAAAAUAAUUUUAUUUUCUACUUGUACAUGGUAUGUUCCGUACCACUACAUUAAUGACAACAUUAACCCACCUAAGCUGUAAACAUGUAUGAACUUCAAAGAGGUUAGAAGUUUUGUGAUUGAAAACAUCCCCAUGGGAAGACAGGCCACUCUGAGCUGUAUAUUUCUGAGUGUGAAUUUCACAGCUCACAUCUCAGAAAAGACUUUUAUGUGGAUGAAUUUAAUAUUUGAAUUUAAGGCUAACUUAAUACCAUGCAAGGGGACUUAAAAAAGUUUAUGGGAGAGAGAAUUAAAAGUUUAUUUUGGUGGAAAAUAUUUUUGAAGUUGUACAUACAUGAAAUUAACCACCCCACUGUAGUAAGUUUAACAUCUUAGAAUAGUUGGGCUCAUGGAGCACAAAAGCGAGACAUCUUAGUUUUGUACUUUACCUAAGUAUGGAGUAAGUUCCGGUCUCGCUGCAGAAUGCAUGCGUAUGAACCCUGACGCGCCCGGGCCUCUCGGGUCCCAUCACCACACAGAAUGAACUCAGGUCAUUUUCAAAUGAACUUGUUUGUGUGACUUCAGAGCUAGCCCCCACCCCAGCCUUUAUCUAUUUUGAGGGAACACACCCCCAAACUGCAGCCUCCAAAGACUCACAGAUGCCAAAGAUUUUCACGGGAGCUCAUAUUUCAAAGACGAUUUAUAUUACUCACCAAAUGCAAUCAAACUCUUUUUCCUCCUUUGGGGAGCUAUCACCUAUUACCCUCUAACCCAAGAGGCAGAGCCACCUGUGCUAUGAAACUCAGCCUCAGAACUGAGUUUGGCCAAGUUCUGUGCCUUAGUUUCUCUUGUAAAUGAUGUCAUGUAAAAAAAUCACAUACCCAUGAACCAAGGUUUACCAAAUGCAGAAAUGAUUGCUCUGUAAGUUUGGUUGUCACCCUCUGAGACAAUUGGAGUUUGGGAAGUAACCAAAAGCAUGUUUUCUUUACAAAGAUGUAUGAUAAUCUGAUUUUCCCAUCUUGCAUUUGUGGGGAAAACUGGAGCGAAUUUGUAUCACCUUGUGCCAUUUUGCAACACGACUUUCUCAGGACAAAGACCACUUCCAAUGGCAAUGCUUCCUUCAAUGAUUCAGAUGGGUGUGUGAGGCCCCCCCAUCUUAUGUCUUAUCAGGUUAGUGCUGUGUUGAUCCUAUGUGAACUCCUUCUUGUGUAAGCAGAAUUGUCAAAAAUGUUUAAAACAGGCUAUUUUUAAAGCAGCAAUCUACUUAGUGUACAUAAUGAAAACCCCACAUGAGGUUUUCAGUAGUAAUGAGAUGGUGUUGUCAUAUGGGAUCAUUCAUUAACACAGGUGUUUUGUCCUGUCACCUUAUACCAGAGUCAAGUACCAGUUCUGGUUAAAUGCUUUAUUAACCAUCUGCAGGUAACGGCUUCCACCAGGCAAAUGCAAUGAAGGUGAAGGUGUUUCUUUUCCUAGCUUUCAGUUUGCCACCAUUUUCGUCCUGUGUACAGUAGGGCAGCCAGGGCCAUCCACUCCCCCUCUGGAAGCUCUUUUUAGUUUUACAGCAUAUGAAAGGUGAGAACGGACAUGAUUUGCAGGCUGCUUUACCAACACGAAUCUUGUUUUUCUGGCUUACAGUAAGACUGUGAAGUGAUUCCACAGGAAGGCAGAGACAACCUCUUCCGUGUAAAAACGUAUUGUUGGUGUAGUGUCUUUAAAACUGUUACAAGCGGAAGUGUUCGGUUGCCAUGAUGCUUAUUUUUCUGUAUUUGUUUACACAUUAAAUUCUUACAAAACAAAGUUGUGGCCUCUUGUUUUACA